AUGGCGCGGCUCACACGGGACACGCCCCUCCGUACCGCGGCCUCCGCCAAUCAUCAGGGCGCGGCUCCCACGGGGCACGCCCCUCCGGAACGGCUCCGACUGGCCGCGCCCCUCCUUAAUCGCGCCCCGCCCUCCGCCAAUCAGGGCCCGGCUCACACGGGACACGCCCCUCCGUGCCGCGGCCUCCGCCAAUCAGAGCCCGGCUACUACGGACCACGCCCCUCCACGGCCGCCCACGCCCCCCCGUCCCGGCUCCGACAGGCCACGCCCCUCCGUACCCGCGUCAGCCUCCGCCAAUCCGCGCCCCGCUUUAAAAAAAGACCACGCCCCUCCAUCACAGCCCCGCCCCAUCUCACGCUUGGCCACGCCCAGCUUCAAGCCCCGCCCAUUUCCCCUCACGUCGACCACGCCCCACCCUCAAGCCCCGCUCCUUUCUCCACACGCCAGACCACGCCCCUCCUUCAAGCCCCGCCCCUUUCUCCACACACCACGCCCCUCCUUCAAGCCCCGCCUCUUUCUCCACACGUCAGACCACGCCCCUCCCUCAAGCCCCAGCCCUUUCCCAGCACGUCGGACCACGCCCCUCCUCCAAGCCCCGCCCCCUUUCUCUACACGUCAGGCCACGCCCCUCCUUCAAGCCCCCGCUCCUUUCUCCACACGCCCCGCCCCCAUCCAGUCACCUCCUUCCUGGCCCCGCCCCCUGAGGCCCCCGGACCAAUCGAGGCCCCGCCCCUCAAGCGCCAGGCUCCGCCCCCUCAAGGCCCCGGACCAAUCACGUCCCAGCCUUCUGGCCCCGCCCCUGAGUCCCCGCCCCAAACAUUUUCCCGCCCGUCUUGGCCCCGCCCCCUCAGGCCCCUCCCCCUGAGACCCCGGACCAAUCGCGUUUCCACGUGGUCCAAGGCCCCGCCCCCUAGUCCCCGCCCCCGAGGCCCCGGACCAAUCGCGUUCCCGCGCGCCGGGCCCCACCCCCUCAAGGCCCCGGACCAAUGGCGCUUCCCCGCGGUCCUGGCCCCGCCCACCCGCGUCCCCGGACCAAUCGCGUCCCCGCGCGCCAGGCCCCGCCCUCUCAUGUCUCCGGACCAAUCGCGUCUCCGCGGUCUCGGCCCCGCCCCCCCAAGGCUCCGGACCAAUCGCAUUUCCCCGCGGUCCGGCCCCGCCCCCUCCAGGCCCCGAACCAAUGGCGUUUCCCCGCCGCCGUGGCCCCGCCCGCCCGCGGCAUGGGGCCAAUCGCGUCCCCGCGCGCCGGGCCCCGCCUCCUCCAGUCCCCGGACCAAUCACGUUUCCCCGCGCUCCCGGCCCCGCCCACCCGCGGCCCCGGACCAAUCGCGUCCCCUCGCGCGAGGCCCCGCCCCCUCAAAGCCCCGAACCAAUGGCGUUUCCCCGCCCACCCGCGGCCCCGGACCAAUGGCGUCCCCGCGCGCCCGGCCCCGCCCCCUCCAGGCCCCGAACCAACGGCGUUUCCCCACCGUCGUGGCCCCGCCCACCCUCGCGCCCGGCCCCGCCCCUCUCCAGUCCCCGGACCAAUCAGGCUUCCCCGCGCUCCCGGCCCCGCCCACCCGCGGCCCCGACCAAUGGCGUCCCGGCGCGCCCGGCCCCGCCCCCUCCCGUCCCGGGACCAAUCACGUUUCCCCGCGGCCCGGGCCCCGCCCCCCAGGCCCCGCCCCCUCUCCCCCGGACCAAUGGCGUUUCCGCCCGUCCCCGCCCCCCGGCGGCCGCGGGCCAAUGGGGUCCCCGCGUUCCCGAGGCCCCGCCCCCCGUCGGGGCUGGGGCCCCGCCCCCCUCGGGCCCCGGCGGGCGCGGGAGCGCCCCCACUCCCAGCCGCCGACACCGGGCCCCGACACAACCGCGCCGCCGAUCCCGCGCACCGCACGACCCGGGCAUCGCUUCAGCGUCUCAUUGUCUGAAGUGGAGGUCUAUGAAUGGGACGCCCCGAGGCCGCGCUUCUGGGGGCACAGGGGGCAAGGGCGGUUCCACAAGGGAUUCUGGGAGGGGGAGAGCUCGGGCCUCUGGGAGAUUCCCCGUCACCCCCCGGGGUCUGGUCCCCCCUGA